AAUUCCCAGCAUGCAUUACGAAUCCCGUUCCUAGCCCGAUGACUGGCUUCUCAAGCUGCUCGUCAACAGGGUCCUGUCUCUGAUUGACCAAGAUCCCCUGCGCUUGCCCGCCUCCAGCCUUGUGCGUGCGUGCGCUCGGGGAGUCGAAAUGGCUGUCCUCGGAGUGCAGCUGGUGGUGACCCUGUUCACCGCCACCGUCAUGCACAGACUGGCCCCACACUGCUCCUUCGCCCGCUGGCUGCUCUGCAAUGGCAGUCUGUUCCGAUACGUACACCCAUCGGAGGAGGAACUUCGGGUACUGGCAGGGAAACCAAGGCCCAGAGGCAGGAAGGAACGGUGGGCAAAUGGCCUUCAUGAUGAGAAGCCUUUGUCGGUGCCUCGAGAUGCCCCUUUCCAGCUGGCUACCUGCCCCCUCACUGCUGUGGAUGCCCUAGUCCUGCGCUUCUUCCUGGAAUACCAGUGGUUCGUGGAUUUCGCUGUAUACUCCGUCGGUGUAUACCUCUUCACUGAGGCCUACUAUCUUGUGCUGGGCCCAGUCCAGGAGGCCAACAUCUCUGUGUUCUGGUGCCUGCUCACACUGGCCUUCUCUCUCAAGGUGUUCCUCAUGGUGACCCGGCUGUACUUCAGUGCCAAGGAGGGUGGCGAGCGCUCAGUGUGUCUGACCUUUGCCUUCCUUGUUCUCCUCCUGGCCAUGCUGGUGCAGGUGGUUCGGGAGGAGACCCUAGAGCUGGGUCUGGAGCCAGGUCUGGCCAGCGUGAUCCAGAACCUGGAGCCUGUUCUGAAGAAGCAGGGGUGGGACUGGGCGCUGCUCCUGUACACCAGCUUCCUGUCGCCCCUGUGCACCCUGUGGCUCUGGACAAAGCCUGUUGCCCGUGACUUACUGUACCAGGCACCCAUGAAGAACAUGACCUCUUCUCUGCCAUCGGAAGGGGCCUUUGACUCCCUGCGCCUCUGGGUGCUGGUAGUGCUGUGCCUGCUGCGGCUAGCGGUGACCCGGCCACACCUGCAGGCCUACCUGUGCCUGGCUAAGGCUCGAGUGGAACAGCUUCGCAAGGAGGCUGGCCGCAUCGAGGCCCGCGAGAUUCAGCAGCGGGUGGUCCGGGUCUACUGCUAUGUGACGGUGGUGAGCCUUCAGUACCUGACGCCACUCAUCCUCACUCUGCACUGCACACUGCUGCUCAAGACGCUGGGUGGCUACUCUUGGACCCUGGGUCCUGCUCAAACCCCACUGGACCCACCCCAGUCCUCAGACACUUUGAUCUCUGUGGACCCUGCAGAGGAUGAAGCCCAGCAGACUGCAGCCCAGGUCGCAGGGGUCCUGGGUGGCCUGCUUACACCCCUCUUCCUCCGUGGCGUGCUGGCCUACCUCAUUUGGUGGACGGCUGCCUGCCAGCUGCUCUCCAGCCUCUUUGGCCUCUAUUUCCACCAGCACCUGGCAGCUUCCUAAUGUGAUGCCACUAGGUGCUGGCAUCUGAUUCCUGUCCACCAGGGCUGGGACUGUCCCCUGUGUAUGUACUUCAGACCCUAGAUGACCUAGGGAUAAGGGUGGGGACUCCCCACCCUCUCUCACCUCAGUGCCUAGAUCAUGGACCCGUUGAAUCAGGUUCCCCUGGACAUGGAGGCCAUGGUCCUCAAGUGUGUGUGUGCGUGUGUGUGUGAAUAGGAUUUCAGGGAGAGGCUUCUCUCAAAAAAGGGGGCAGGCCACUUUUACAGAAUAUACUCAAAGGCUGGGGAGAUAAGCAGGGAAGACCUGUGUGGUACGGGGCUUAGGAGAGAGUGGUGCUAGGCAGGGUGGAAAGAUGGAAGAGGUUGCAGAUGGCUAGGAGAAAGCUAAGGGUGGGGCUUAGUCCCAGCAUCCAGGUAUCCCUGGGGUCUGUCACUCUCCACUAAGAGGGAAAGAGACAAGAGUCAUCAUGUCUAUCUCCCCAGCACUCUGGGGAGACUGAGGCAGGAGGAUUAGCUUAGACUAGUAACAAGACCAUGUCUCUAAAACAAGAAACAAAAUGAAGUGUGAGGGGAAGGAAUGUCAGCUGGGAGGAAAGUGGAAGGAGAUUGUCCCCAUCCGUCCUGGAAGCUGUGAGGUGACCGCUGUGAUUGAUUUCAAAGCCUUGGUGACUGAGGGUUACCACCAAUCCCAGAAUUGUCCUGUUGCUAUGACUUAGUGUUUGUGCCUGUGUGUGUUUGAGACAUACAUGGGUUUCAUGACCCUCCUACAUAUGCAAAAUGUAUAUUGAGAAUAAAGAAUGGAGGGUUCCUGUGGU